AUGGACAGGAGAGAUGAGAGAAGGUGGGAGGAAAAGGUGUCGGUGGGGACAGUGAGGAUCGCGAAGUCAGCGUGGGUGUGGAACGACGGGAGGUCUUGCGGCCAGAGGACNAUCUUUACCCAGGAGAGACCCAGAGAUCAGGAGCGAAGUCCAGGCAGAGACACAAACUGGGGCAAGGAGAGAAUUAUUUACGAGAGGGGGUUCGGCGAAGAGAGAGCCAAAUGGGAGGACAGGUCUGGUAGAGAGAGAAAGGAGUGGAGUGACGAGCGACUACCCUGCGAAGAAACAACUGGAGGCGAGGAGAGACCCCAAGGAGUAGAGAGGCCCCACGACCAGGAAAGGUUCCCUAAGAAGGCUGGCCCGGAGGGGCAAGCUGGUGCUGAGGAGAAACCACCUGGGUGGGAGAAGGGCUUUAAAGAGAAGGGGUGCGACGAGCAGGAGGGCCAGGUUGCCCAGGAUUCAAGGAGAAGAAGUGGCCAGGACCAGAGGCGUGGCCAGGAGAGAAAGAGGAGCGAGGAUCCAAUCUACAGCAAAACUCCNCACUUGAGCCAGGACCAGGGGCGUGACCAAGAGAGAAGACAAAGUGAGCAUUUGAACUUCUGCAACACUCGGAGCCUGAAUCAGGACCAGGGACGUGGCCAAGAGAGGAGACGGAGCGAGGAUCCGAACUACCGAGACAUUCGGGGUCUGAGCCAGGGCCAGGGGCGUGGCCAAGAGAGGAGACGGAGCGAGGAUUCGAACUACCGAGACAUUCGGGGUCUGAGCCAGGGCCAGGGGCGUGGCCAAGAGAGGAGACGGAGCGAGGAUCUGAACUACCGAGACAUUCGGGGUCUGAGCCAGGACCAGGGGCGUGACCAAGAGAGAAGACUUAGUGAGCAUUUGAACUUCUGCAACACUCGGAGCCUGAAUCAGGACCAGGGGCGUGGCCAAGAGAGGAGACGGAGCGAGGAUCCGAACUACCGAGACAUUCGGGGUCUGAGCCAGGGCCAGGGGCGUGGCCAAGAGAGGAGAAGGAGCGAGGAUUCGAACUACUGCAACUCUAGGGGACUGAACCAGGACCAGGGGCGUGGUCAAGAGAGAAGGCAAAGUGAAGAUCCGCUCUGCCGCGAUACUCCAGCCUGGAGCAAGGACCAGGGACGUGGCCAAGAGAGAAGGCGGAGCGAGGAUCCGAACUUCCGAGACAUUCCGGGUCUGAGCCAGGGCCAGGGGCGUGGCCAAGAGAGGAGAAGGAGCGAGGAUUCGAACUACUGCAACUCUAGGGGACUGAAACAGGACCAGGGGCGUGGCCAAGAGAGAAGGCAAAGUGAAGAUCUGCUCUGCUGCUACACUCCAGACUGGAGCAAGGACCAGGGACAUGGCCAAGAGAGAAGGCGGAGCGAGGAUCUGAUUUCCAGAACGACUCAGACCUUGAGCCAAGGCAAAGGGCCUAGCGAGAACUACAAGAAGAUCGCCUUCUCCCACACGUGCCCUUUUAGGGCCAUUCAUACAGUUGAUAUGCCCCAAAAACAGCAUGCAUCACGCACAGAAAGCUAUGUUGCUCUGCCACCCCUGGUCUCUGAAUCCUUGGGCUUCCACACCAAUAACACACUCGCUGUCUAUCAAGGCCUCGUCUAUUACCUGCUGUGGCUGCACUCCAAGUAUCAUAAGGCCUAUGCAGACCCAGUGCACGAUCCUACCUGGCGCUGGUGGCAACACAAAACAAAGGACAAGGAUUACUUCUUUUACCUGUUCAGCAACCGGCUGGCGGCAGAAGGCAUAUACAUCAACAUGAACGCCUACCAAAAGCUCUACAACAUGUCGGGCGACCAUGGAAUGCCUGAUCUUGUCUUCCUAGACAAGGGCAACUGGUUCACCUUCACUGUGGUCUUAUUGUCACAUGAAGACACCUUCACAAGCUCUGAUACCAAAGGACCCACUAUUAAUGUGGACAAGAAGCUGUCAUUGUCUACAAUAAUGGCGGAUCCUGAGUGCCUUUCAGUAACUGCGACUCAGGAGGUCCUUCUUAAUCGCAACACGCUGCUCACCAAGAUUAAACUCAUAGAUGAAAAGAGGUGCUCUGAACAGGGCAUGGUUGGCCAUAACAUCAAGAAGACUUCCAUGUUGAUCAAGGUCUUGGGCGCUCCUGGGAAUUGCAUCCAGAGCACAUACCUUGGGAAACACUUUCAAGAGAUAAACAAGCACUAUUUCGACUGUGUGAUUAAGGACGCCGAGAUGCCAUGCUUCCUCUUUCGUGACUUAUUCCAGCCCUUCUUCUUAGUCCAAGACUUGGUGACUGGAGACUCUGGCAGUUUCUUGGGCAGUUACGUGCUGAAGGUGGUGGGCGGUGGCCUCACACUGGACACCAUCAGAGACUACACGGAGGAAGAAAUCUUCCGUUACAACAGCCCGCUGGACACAACGAAUAGCCUCAUCUGGAAAACAAAGGUCGAAAGGACCACCGAGGACAAAAAGUUCUACAUAAUGUCCCACCAGAGCCCUGGAGUCGAGUGGCUGUGUUUNGAGAAUUCCCCUUGCUAUGACAUCAUCCCCCAAAGCAUCUACCCACCUGAGUUCUUCUUCAAGUUGUUAGUGAGCAAUAGAGGUGUAGACAAUAGCACAUACUGUGACUACNAGCUNACCUUUAUAGUGCACAUCCAUGGGCUACCACUCAGCAGCAAGCGGUCCUCCUUCAUUGUUAUGGUGUCUACCAGCUUCUUUAUAGCCCUGGUUGUCUUCUACAUCCUGUUCUGCCUCCUGUGGCCUCAUAUAGUGAAGGCCUGGGUCUCAUUACGCUUGAAGAUUUCCAAUGCCAUGGCACCAGAGUCCUAUUAUUCAUAUUCCUCCUCUUCUGGGGGCUUCACCCUCCAUUCUCACAGCUCAGAGGGAAGUUUCGAGGGUCCCUCCAGACCAGGUACCAAAAUGGACAAUGUUCAAGCUAAGAAAGCAUAGGUGGCCUGA